AUGGAAGUCCUCCCUUGCAUAGCCGUCCUCCUCCUUCUCUCCUGCUCCCUCGCAGUUCAGGCGACAGUGCCCACCGGCACGAUAGAGCGCGUGUCCAAGCAGCAGAUCCUAGCGAGCAUCCCACCAGGAGGGCACGCCAGCCCGCCGGUGCUAUUCCUGACGUCUCCGUCCGGCAAGUACGCCGCCUACUUCGUACGCACCCACACCGUCCCGGGCGCCGGCGGGCUUGGCGCCGAUUUCUGCUACGUCGAGGUGACGAUGGCCGGUGGUGUCAAAGCCGGCGAGGGCGAAGGCAGCGGCGGGAGCGUGUGGGAGUCGGAGUGCCGGCCGGUGAGCACGGUGAACACGUGCACGCUGCUCUUCUCGUGGCACGGGCUUGAGGUGUUCGACGGGAGCGAGGAGGUAUGGCACGGGGAGACCAACACCGACGGGACCAACUUCCUCCAGACUCUCGAGCUGGUCGACGACGGCGACAUGCGCGUCCGCGACAAGGACGGCGAGCUCGCCUGGCGAGCCAGCGACGAGGGGCGCCACGGGCAGCACUGUGGCGCGCCGGGAUCCCCAGGUCUCAAUGCCGCGCUGCCGCCUUUCGCGGAGCCCAUCGGUGCGCACAGCAGCAACCUCCCCUUCGGUCAGGUGCAGGGCGGCAAUGGCCACGCGGCCGAGCUACCGCAGGCGGCAGAGCUUGGUGAUGGAGUUGCUACAGGGGUCGGAGCAGGUGCCUUGGGCGACGGCUACGGAAUUGCACCGACGCCAGGGAAUGCUGUCGCGGGAGCAGGAGCAUUGGGUGACGGGUACGGAAUUCCACAGACGGCCGGACCGCUGGGAGACGGCUACGGCAUUGCACCGGGUGCUGGUGUAGGAGCCUUUGGUGACGUGGCAGGACAGGGAGAGGCGGUGACGGCGGCGGGGGCUGGGGGAGGUGUGGCGGGAACGACAGGAUUCGGCAGCCAGCCGCUGGUGGAUAACAGCCCCUACGACAGUGCAGCCUGCAAGGACGGCCGUGGGGCCUAUCUUGCAGCCAUUGGAGCUGCGGUAUUUGUUAGUGCCAUGGCCUUAGGUUUCUGA